AUGCCAAAUACCAAGCAGCAGCAGCUGCAGCUGCAUAUAGACAAGGAUUCUAAAUACCCCUUCCUAUUGCGCUUUUGCAGGAGGCAGGACCAGACAUCCUCCAUUUACAAGCUCUACUCUUCCACCUCUAACGAAUGGUACUUUGUGGAUGCUCCACCGGAGCUGGACCAGACCCUCAUCCAUUCUUCCAACUACGGCUGGUUGCUUCUGUCCAGAGGAGAUAAGCUCUUCUUCUUCCAUCCCUCCACGGGAAACAUCAUCUACUUGCCUGACUUACGGCCCUUCUCCGAUCACAAUCGGAUCAGUUUUUCCGCUCCCCCUACCUCUCCUGAUUGUGUGGUCUUCGGCCUUGCGGAUGCGAGCUGGUCUGAAAGCUAUGUCCCCAUCGCUGUCCUCCGACGCGGAGAGAGUUUCUGGACAUACAAAGGUUUCCCAAACAAAACCAGAUUGAACCACUUCAAUCGCAAGCGCAACAAAGCUUCCAACAAGCGGCGGGGACUCCGCAUCAGGAAAACCCUCUGUAACUUGAGGCCCAUCCCUUGCAAUGCGGAUUUCAAGUGGUCCAACUCUGCUUCCGCCCCUGUUUUCCACAACGGAGCUUUCUAUUGCCUCGACCAAUGUGGGAGGUUGGGGGUUUUCAGACCUGGAGACAAGAACAACAAGAAGAAGAAGGAGGAGAAGACGUGGAGAUUACUCGACACCAGACACUCCGCAUUCACAAGCCACGUCCGCAAUGAAGGGUAUCUCUUGAGAUCGCGCAAGGGGGAAUUGAUGUCGAUUGUGGUUGGGCCAUGGGGGAGCUCAAUUAAGGUCCUCAAGUUCAACGAGCCUCGUAAAUUAUGGCAGCGUGCAACCAGCCUCGGAGAUGAUGUCAUCUUCUUGAGCUCCACGUCAUGCAUAGCCAUGUCGUGCCAGGAGCUAGGGGUGAAAGCAGGGUUGGAGAACACCAUUCAUUUUGUGAGAUUCCAUGGAAGACACAACGUGUUCUACUCAGCUCUCAACGAACAAGUUCCACUCGUCAGGGCAGCAGCAUACAUCAGAAAACCUGCUCGGUACUAG